AAUAGAGUAAACUUAGGAAGUCAAAAUGCGGGCACUUCAUUCAUCGUUGAUAAAGCCACUCCUCCAUCUUCACCUCCCAUUCCCAUUUUCUAUUCCCAUUUUUUCGCUCUCUCCACUUCGAACAAAGUAUCUCCACUUCCACUUCUCCACUACUCCUUCAGAACUAAGCGCCAUGGCCGCCAACAAGACGGCCACCGUCGACGGCAAAUCCACGCCGGACCACGUCGCUGGCGGUUGGUACUCCGUUCCCGACCUACGGUUACGCGAUCACCGAUUCAUCGUUCCUCUCGACUACUCUCUUGAUGACUCUUCCUCUCCUAAAAUCACAGUCUUCGCUCGGGAAGUCGUUACUGUUGGUAAGGAGGAACAACCUCUGCCAUAUCUACUAUAUUUGCAAGGUGGACCGGGCUUUGAAUGCCCAAGACCAACUGAAGCUGGAGGAUGGAUAAGCAGAGCAUGUGAGGAGUACCGUGUAGUUUUAAUGGAUCAGAGAGGAACAGGUUUAUCAACACCGUUAACACCAUCGUCUAUGUCACAAGUGAAGUCUGCUGAGGAUUUAGUUAACUACUUGAGACAUUUCCGAGCUGAUAAUAUAGUACAUGAUGCCGAGUUCAUCCGAAAACGUCUUGUCCCUGGUGCUGGACCUUGGACAAUACUUGGACAGGUUCGAUAGCUUUGAAGCUUUUCAGUAUUUGGUUUUUCUAUCUUAAUGUCAUCGUGUAUUCUCUCAAUAAGUUGUUAAAAAAGACUAGAGGAUUUAGUUAACUACUUGAGACAUUUCCGAGCUGAUAAUAUAGUACAUGAUGCCGAGUUCAUCCGAAAACGUCUUGUCCCUGGUGCUGGACCUUGGACAAUACUUGGACAGGUUCGAUAGCUUUGAAGCUUUUCAGUAUUUGGUUUUUCUAUCUUAAUGUCAUGUAAUAUGGCCAAAUUUUCAUGACAUUUUUCAUGACAUAAUAU